CCGCGUAGACGUCGGCUCCGUCUGGGUUGGACUCGCCGUCGUCGUCUCGUCUCGUCUCCAGCGAGUUCGAGGCUUCGAGAGCGAGAGAGCAACGAAUCGGGAGAGGAGGAGCUCGCUCGAAUCGGAUCGAACCCUACGAGCGCGGGCGGAGGCGGAGCUCAUCGCCGGAGUAGCGGCGGCGCGCGGCGCCAUGGACGAGAGGGAGUUCCGGCGGAUGCUCGAGCUCUUCCCCGUCGUCCGAUCUCGCGACUACUGCGCUGAAUCAGGGGCAUCAAGCAAAGGCAGCACACAGCAAUCACGGGCUCAGGAGGCAACAAGGGGCAACAAAAAUGAGUCAUCUGAUCAAUUCAUGAAAAAAUUGAAGAUGGUUGCUGAGAAAAAGGUUGGAGCAACAAAGGCAGAGUUGUUCUGCAAGACAUUUGAAGAAGCCCAUAAGAAACUUGUUUACAAAGAGCUGAACCUAGAUGCUGCUCAAAGAUUUCUGAAUGCCUAUGAGAAACGAUCAUGAAUUAUAGCCAGAUAUUGUUCAAAGAUCUGCAGACGCCAAACUGAGGGAUUUUAUUGAGGCGCGGCGUGCUGGCGCUGUUGAUAAUUCUGAUUGCUGGUUCUUGUAUGAUUCUGCUAAUUGUGAUAGACGAUAAUAUCAAUAGACAUGAGCUAGCCGCAUUAUUUCAGAUUAUUACAUCCUCCCGAACAGACGACAGUUCCAAUCAACUGAUCGGUUUUUUUGUGAUUGGAUUUAUGUCAGCUUUCAUGAGAAUGAAAAUGCCUGAAACUGUUCUAGAA